CGCGGCAGAGCAAAGGGAGUGCGCCUCCCCUUCUUGAGAGAUGUCUUCGAUAUCAGCCCAAGGGGUCGUCGAAAGAGCCAGCGCCGAGUUGACCAAGAGAAUCAACGGUCUGGGGUUGAGAACGUCCAAACAUCAUGGUGGGGGAAAGGCGAGCGUCAUGGAACGCGUUACGAACGUGUUUUGCGGUAGCGGAGGGGUUGCCUAUACGAAUUUGCAGAGCGCGAACAAUGCGAACGCAACCCCGGAAAAGCCGAGCAGGAGCGUACCAACAUCGAUGAGUAAUAUGCCAGCAGCGAACAACAAGAGCCUGAAUAGUAGCAACACACCCAGCAGGGCCAGGAUAUCGAGGAACCGACCGAAAAACGUACCGCUCGCAAGCGGUGGUACAGGAGGCUACGUAGCACCCGCCACGUGGGAUCAACUGAUGCAAGAUGAUCACUUCCUUGGAAAAUUCUUCCUAUACUUCACCGCCGUCGAGAGGAGGAUCUUGGCUCAGGUAUGCACAAGAUGGAGAGACAUAUUGUACGCUAGGCCAAGACUUUGGGCAGGAUUGGUGCCCGUUAUUAGGUGCCGCGAGGUGCGUGCUCUGCCACCAAAUUCGCGUACACGGCUCUAUGCCUCGUUGGUGAGGAGAGGGUUCCAUUCGUUGGUCCUCCUGGGCGCUUCCGACGAGGACAUCCCAGACCUGACGCAUGGUUUCCCCUUGGCGCAGAGAAAUAUCCACUCAUUGUCUCUGAGAUGCUGUGCGGUUACCGACAGGGGUUUAGAAACCCUGUUGGAUCAUUUGCAAGCCCUGUUCGAGCUCGAAUUAGCCGGUUGCAACGAGAUAACGGAAGCCGGCUUAUGGACUUGCUUGACACCUAGAAUAGUGUCGCUCUCUUUGUCGGAUUGUAUCAACGUGGCAGAUGAAGCUGUCGGUGCUGUCGCUCAAUUGUUGCCGAGUCUCUACGAGUUCUCGCUGCAAGCUUAUCACGUAACCGACGCUGCCCUAAGUUACUUCCAUGCCUCGCAAAGUAGCUCCCUAAGCAUCCUCAGGCUCCAAUCCUGCUGGGAGCUCACCAACCACGGUGUGGUCAAUAUCGUGCACUCCUUGCCAAACUUGACCGUCCUGUCGUUGUCCGGCUGCAGUAAGGUGACGGACGACGGCGUUGAAUUGAUAGCUGAAAACCUGUCGAGGCUUCGUUCCUUGGAUUUGAGCUGGUGCUCGCGAAUCACGGACGCAGCCUUAGAGUACAUCGCCUGUGAUUUGAAUCACUUGGAGGAGCUUACGUUGGACAGAUGUGUCCACAUCACCGAUAUUGGAGUGGGCUACAUCUCAACAAUGGGAUCGCUGAGCGCAUUGUUCUUGAGAUGGUGCAUACUGCUUAGAGACUUUGGACUUCAGCACUUGUGCGGCAUGAAAUCCUUACAAGUACUCUCAGUGGCAGGUUGCCCGUUGCUCACGAGCAGUGGCUUGUCCAGUUUGAUACAACUUCGUCAUCUGCACGAGCUAGAGCUAACCAACUGUCCAGGAACGUCCCAGGAGCUGUUCGAUUAUUUGCGUGAACAUCUGCCUCGCUGUCUGAUCAUCGAGUAAACGAUAUCGUAGGAGGAGCAGCGUAGCUCCAAGGGAUUUCUUCGCGUUCAGAGCCACGGACGAAUUUUUAUUCCUAGAAACCAGACGACGAGAAACGAAGCUGUUUCGUGUUAAGCAAUACUUUGAGCGACGAAGGUGUGCACGAGGAACCGAGCCGAUGCGUCGUACGAAUAGAAGAGAAGCAUUAAUUGACGUCCAAACACGCGAAAUACGAAUGCCAGAAAUGUUUUUCUCUCUUGUAUAACGAUUAAAGAAAAAAAAAAAAAAGAAAACGGAAGAAAAGACAAAAAAAAAAUGAUAAGGAAAACGCUAGCCCUUAAACGUGCAAAAGUAAACACGAUACUAAGAUAGAGAAUAGGAAUUUCUUUUCAUACACCAGAGCUCCUAUUACCAAACUGCACUCCUCUUUUCGCCGAUUGGAUCUAGGAUGCUAUGAUCGCAAUGGGUACAUUUUUGUUACUUCCGUCAGCAACGAGAGGAGACAAGAAACCAGCCAGGUAUCCAGGUUUAUAUUGUACAGAGUUUCACGCGUCGCUUGAUGAUAGAGAAAAAUAUAAACGAUGAGACAGUUUAAACUCGUAGGUUCUCGCUGAAAAAGAAGAAAAAGACAAAAAAUAAUAAACGAUGACGAAUGUAGAAUUGUCAGACGAGGCGUCAAGACAGACUCAAAUGAAAAUAGAAAAAAGAAAAAUAAAAAAAAAAAACAGUUAGAACUGUGAUAAAAUUUUUAUUAUACGUAUAUUGUUCAACUUCGACGAUUAUGUUUAGGGCGUUGUUGAUCCCGCUUGAAGAAAGUUGUAACAUGUUAACUGCCAUAGGGGGGGAGGUCAUCGACACCGUGGAUUCAACAUUACUGGAUAACUGGAAGAAAGAAAGAUUAGAUAGCAUUGAUAUUAUACUAGUUACGCCAGAUAGCAAAUAGAAAGCCUUACUUGAGCAAUUGCAACUGUUGUGUGCUAUAUUAUACAAGGACGUUUUCACUGUGGCAGUCAACAUGUUAAAAAUAUGCGCGAUUACAACGCGUUGCUUUGAGAAAAAGAGUUGCAUAGAAAAAAAAAAAAAAAAAUGAGCAGAAACAUUCCGGUUAUGAUUGCGCAGAUUAACGAGGGGUUUUUAUUUACCAGCCGUACGAUUCGCGUGAUUUGUUCGAUGAUACGUGUUGCUAAAUUAUAAAAAUGAAAAUAACGAAAAAAAGAAUGAUAAAAGAAGAAGAAAUUAAUGAUCAUUGCACAUCUAUGUAUUGUCUAGAUGAAGUUUUUAACUUAUAUUUUACCUACGUAUAUUCUGCUGUCAUGUAAUUAAUGUUUCCUAUAUUUAAGGCUUACACCUAGCUAAGUUCUCGAAAUGUUUUUUCAUUAAAUGUAACGGAUGUAUCGCAAUAUAGAGAGAGACGUAUUUUAUGUGUUUAAUACCGUUAACUGUUUCGAUGAUUACUUGAGACAAAUCAAUGUUACACUAUGCUCGAGUAUCACCGCUCCAUACGUGGGUGUACUGGAUGAAUUUUAUGCCAUCGUUGGAAUGGUACGGGUGCAAUGUUUUUCUUUUUUAUGUUGACGAAUAAAAUAACUAUCGAUUAACUUAUUACAAUAACGUUCAGCAUGUCCUCGAAUUCUAUCGAACUGAACUUAUUUUUUGCGUGUUACCACAUGUUUAGCACAUAACGUCUUUGUAUAUAUUGUACAAAUAAUGAUUAAUAAUUCUGUUACCAAUCAAAACUAAAUAUAAAUAUAUCCGCACAGUGAAAGUUCUAUCGAAAAAAUCGGGGUUGCAUGCGACGCCAAUCACGGUUUUAACAUUAAGAAUGAAAAUAUGAUUACACGAUGGAAUGUGCUGUGAAAUAAAAAUUUAUUGAUCUGAA